GCCAAUGUACGCGCUCUCAUUUGGUCCUUAACAGAGAAUGAGGUUACAUUAGGAGAUGUAGAGAUACUUUUCUUUAUAGAGAGGUAGUCUAUAUGUGUGUGUCUGUGCAAGUGUAUAAAUUAUGAUUGUGACGGAAAUAUAAUACCACACGAAUAGCCUACUAUCACAAGGUUGCGUGAUUGUUGGAUUUUUCGUUACAAUAAACGCUGAGCAAAUGACUGAAGUGCUGCGCGAAAUUUAUCGAUAUCUCAAGUUAACAUCGACCCCGAUUGUCCUUAGAGCUGAUUAGCGCACAUGUGACAUGUUUUCCCUACACUACUGCUAUUGAUUUUUUUACAAGAAAAGAUUUUUCUACCGAGCGCUCGAGUGGAUCGCCAAUCUACGCUUGUUUCCACAUAUAGAAAAUAAGCCCUUUACCAAUGGAUCCACAUAGCCUAUAACAUCUUCAUCUAGCUCAAGUGCCGGCCAGUGGAGCUUCACGUAGAUUUUAAUCGAUUCCUCGUUGUCAUGUGUAAUAUUAAACUCUUUCUUGUGCGCUCGAGAACGUCCGUCCAUAAAAAAAAAAAAAAAAAAAAAAAAAAAAAAACCCUCUGAGAGCAAACCCUUACAGGAAAUGCGCUUACUUGCAACUUGUUCAAGCGCUGUUUAUUGUAGACCUAAUCAUUAAUUUAAAUAUUUUUGUGCGCUUUUAUGGGUAAACCCUUACGUUUAGGCAGCUAUCUUAUUUGGUUAGCUAUUGCUCGCUCCCACAACACCUGUUGCACUUGUUUUUGCACAUUUCUCACGUAGCUCUACUUUUCCGACUCAUUGCGUGAUGGCUGAAAAAAAAAAAAUGCUGCCGUUAAUUCUACCCGCAGAAUGUCAACUAGUCAACAUUUCACGACAGCACUAUUUUCCUUCCUUGGUACUCAAGUCACCAGUCAUUGUGACAAAACAAGCGAAAGCGUUGCCUGUCAUAACAGCGGAAUCCGGUCUUUCUAGCCGCUCCCGUCGUCGGGUUACUUUAAACCUGUUCGUCUGGUCCGGCUGAGAGAGACAGGUGUGAAAACACUAAAGGCUUGGGCUUCAUUCCGCCCAUCUGUGAUCGGACAUACCGAAUCUUUCAGUGGUUCAUCUGUAGGCAAAGCGUUCAGCCGGAUGUAAACUUGUACAGAAGCCCACAAUUGCUUGCAAAUGAUCUGGUCUAGCUCGGAGCGCAUUCAUCCGCAGCAACAGACCGACGAUGUGCCAGAGUGCCAAUGUGAUGUGGUCACGGUGGAGUGCCAUGCUAGUGUGGAUUUUGCUUCUCCUCUGUUGCUCUGCAAAUGUAGUCAACACCAUCAUCUACCAGGUGACCGAGGAGCAGCCGCCCAACACCCUAAUUGGCAGCUUGGCAGCUGACCAGGGCCUGCCAGACACAGGCCACCUUUACAAGCUUGAGGUGGGUGCUCCUUACCUCCGUGUGGAUGGCAAAACAGGGGAUAUCUACACCACGGAGACCCCGAUCGAUCGUGAGACUCUCAAGGACUGUCGCAACCUUUUUGAGGGCGAUCCUUGUUUCCUAGAAUUUGAGGUGUCUAUUACAGAUCUAAUGAAAGGCACAGGACCUCGGCUCAUUGAAGGCCGCAUCGAGAUCUUGGAUGAGAAUGACAACACACCACAGUUCUCUUCCCCUGUCUUGACAUUGUCGAUCCCUGAGAACACGCACGUGGGUGUGCUAUUCGCAAUUCCUGUGGCCACCGACAAGGAUUCUGGAAGCAAUGGCAUUGCAGAUUAUGCGCUAACGACCGGCCCUGAAGCUGCCAACCUUUUCAGCCUGCAGGUGGCACAAGACUCAGAUGAGAAAUUGCCACAACUUAUUGUAUUGGGCAACCUGGAUAGAGAGCAGCGAGAUUCAUAUGACCUCAACAUAAAAGUGGUCGACGGCGGCUCUCCACCUCGCCAGAGUAGUGCCCUGCUUAGGAUCACCAUUACAGAUGCAAAUGACAAUGUACCCAGAUUCGAGAAGACACACUAUGAGGGUGAGCUGCCAGAAAACAGCCCAGUGGGUCAUUCUGUUCUACAAGUGAAGGCCAAUGACUCUGACAUGGGGCCCAAUGGAGAGGUGACCUACAGCCUCCACCAGGCACCACCAGCAGUCCAAAGGCUUCUUAGUAUUGACCGCAACACAGGCACCAUUUUUGUUAAGGGGCUGGUGGAUCGUGAAGAAAUCAGCAUGCUCAAGUUCUACGUCCAAGCUAAAGACAAUGGUCCCCAAGCAAAAAGCUCCAAAUCCCUUGUGACUAUCACAGUAAAGGACCAAAAUGACAAUGCGCCCUUGAUCAGGAUCCGGGGCAUUGGUCUUGUGACACAUGAAGAUGGUGUUGCUAACAUAUCGGAGGACAUGCCUGUGGGCACAGCUGUGGCUCUGGUGGAGGUAUCAGAUCGUGAUGAGGGCGAAAAUGCAGUUGUGACCUGUGUGGUUGCAGGGGAUGUCCCAUUCCAGCUGCGUUCAGCUAGCGAAACUGGCAAUGACCGCAAGAGGAAGUACUUCCUCCAGACAACCACGCUACUGGACUAUGAGCGGAUCAAAGACUACAGGAUUGAAAUCGUGGCAGUGGACUCUGGCAACCCUGCACUAUCCAGCACAAAUUCCCUGAGGGUGCAAGUGACAGACAUGAAUGACAAUUCCCCGGUCUUCUCGCCAUCCUUGUACCAGGUAGAAUUUCCUGAGGAGAACCAGCCAGGUGACAAGGUUUUGGAUGUGUUAGCCACGGAUGCUGACAGUGGGACUAAUGCAGAGCUGACAUACAGUAUCACUGGUGGAUCAGUCCCUGAGGGACUCUUUGAAAUUAACCCUAACACAGGAGAAGUACGUGUCAUGAGCCAGUUGGACCGUGAACAAUUAGAUCACUAUCAGUUUCUAGUUGCAGCAGCUGAUAAAGGUGUACCAAGCUUGAGAGGAACUGCCACUGUUGUUGUUAAGGUGCUCGACAGGAACGACAAUGACCCUAAAUUUAUGCUCAAUGGUUACAGCUUUUCGGUCCAAGAGAACAUGCCUCCCCUUAGUCCUGUUGGAAUGGUAACAGUCACAGAUUACGAUGAGGGCGACAAUGCUCAUGUUCAAAUCUUUGUAGAACCAGACAAUGGCAAGUUUAUGAUUCAAAAUGGAACGUACACCAUCCUUUCAACUAUUUCCUUUGACAGGGAAAAGGAGAGUACCUACAGUUUCCGACUGAAAGCUGUUGAUGGAGGUGACCCACCACGUUCCUCCUACGUUGGCAUUACUAUUAAUGUUCUUGACGAGAAUGACAAUGCUCCUUACGUCACCAAGCCCUCAAACUCGUCAUACAAGUUCUUGGAUCCCCGCACCAGCCCAGAGACCCAUGUAGAACGCGUUGAGGCAGAGGACAUUGAUAUUGGUUCAAAUUCGGAGCUGGAUUUCAGUAUUGUAGGGGGCAACCCUCAUGGCUUGUUCCGCAUCUCUUCAGAAGGUGAGAUUACGUUGGCUAAAGAGUUCACAUCCAAACAUAUUGGUCUACACCGUCUGGUAGUAAAAGUUAAGGACAGAGGCACACCGGUACGCCACACGACUGCACUGGUUCACAUCUAUGUCAACGAGACCAUUGGCAAUGUCUCGCAUGUCGAAGGACUUGUUGGACACAGUCUUUAUACCCCACUUGAAAUGGACAUUGCAGGAGAUCCAGAUUAUUCUCAUGACCAGCACAGUAACAUUAUCUUUGGAGUCUUGGGUGGCCUUUUUGUGGUCUUUCUAAUCAUUGUGGUGGCGGUGAUCAUCAGGCGUGUGCUGAAAGAGAAUAAAAGUGGCUACCAGGCUGGCAAGAAGGAGACCAAAGACCUCUAUGCUCCCAAACCGGGGCCUAAGAGCAACAAGAACAAGAAGGCAAAGAAAAGCAAAGCUCCAAAGCCUGCCAACCCAUCUGAAGAGGAUGAGGGGGGAAGUCUUCAGAAAGGCCUAAAGUUUAACCUCAUGGAUGAUAGCGUCAACGAUAGCCCUAGGAUUCACCUGCCGCUCAACUACCCCCCUGGCAGCCCAGACCUGGGGCGACACUAUCGGUCUAAUUCUCCUCUGCCAUCCAUUCAGCUCCAACCUCAGUCACCUUCUGCCUCAAAGAAACACCAGGCAGUGCAGGACCUGCCGGCCACCAACACCUUUGUAGGAACCGGGGACAACAACUCAACAGGCUCAGACCAGUAUUCGGAUUACAGCUACAAGGCCAACUCUUCAAAAUAUAGCACCAAACAGCUCCCGCAUCGCCGAGUGACCUUCUCCACAGCCAAUCAGGCACAAGAUCUGCAGGAUCCCUCUCAGCACAGUUACUAUGACAGUGGUCUGGAAGAAUCAGAGACACCCAGCAGUAAGAGCUCUUCAGGGCCCCGUAUCGGGCCCCUCGCCCUACCUGAAGACCACUAUGAACGCACCACCCCGGACGGCAGCAUCGGAGAGAUGGAACACCCCGAGAACGAUCUGAGGCCUCUACCUGACGUGGCCAUGACGGGAAAAUGCACCCGCGAGUGUACGGAAUACGGCCACUCCGAUUCCUGCUGGAUGCCCGGACAGCCCUCACCCAACCGCACCAAGAGUGCCAAGAGUGGGCCCAAGCUCUCCACCUUUGUGCCUUACCAGGAGAGGGAGGGUCAGGAGCGUCUGAUGGCUGACAGCAGCUCUAAGCCUCACGGAGAAGAGCGGAGUGGAGGCGGGAGCAACAAAGUGGCCAGCAUUCGCUUUUUGCCUCCCUACACUAGUGCCUAUUCUACAGGCGGUGACUCCGGCAAGGACUGCCCCCGGGAGGAGAUCCCCCUGAGUCAGACAGCCGAUUACGUCCCUGCCACUACACCCUCCAGCCAAGGCUCCAAAAGAGAAAUCUACCUGUGAUUCAUCUGUCAUCUGCCUAGGUUCGAUUCCACAUUUGAUCCAAUUUACUUGUGAUCAUCAAUGCCUGUGAGAGGAUCAAAAGGCCUCGUUUUCAGAACACCUGCUAAUUCUACUACACCACCAGACUCCGAUUUACACAGACGUCUCGACGUGCACCUCCAAUCCCCUCAUCCAUAAUCCUAAUGGCUGACACAAAACAGCUAGAGACCUUCUUUAAAACCCUUGGGGUUUUAUACAGCCCUGCACGUUGUUAGAGGCUCUGGAAGCCGAAUAGAUAUGAAUGAAGAGAAUAAUCAGAAAAAAACAAAACAAAAAAGAAAACAAUUUUGUGAAUAUCCCCAUGUAAACAUCUAAUGAAAGAAUGUAAGGACAAUUUUUAAGUGAACUUUGUGAUAAUUUAAUGUCAAGGUUAUAUUCCUAUUUGAUUCAGAUUUUUGUUUGUUUAUAUAUAUAUAUAUAUAUAUAUAUAUAUAUAUAUAUGAUCAGACUGUAGUUAUGAUUACCUAAAAGCAUAUACACUGUCCUACACAUCCAAAUAGUACCUUUUUUUUCCCUUUAUGUGUGUGUAUCUCUACUAAGACCUCGAGCCAGAAGAACUGGCAAACCAAAUACUGGCAAUCCAAGAGGGACGUACAUUCUCAUCAUGUAUACGUUACUGAAGAAAAAACAUAUUCACCUUUCUUAAAGCACUGAAGGGUAAUUGUUUCUUACAUUUGUCUUUUUUCAUAGGAAACUCUUUUCUUAAUGUACAGCCACAGUGAUGUAAAUACUACACGGAACAGUUUUGAUUUAUGAUUUAGCUGUACAGACCCUCGUAGCUGCGGCUUCCUUCUGUUAAUGGUAGUAGAAGGAACAUUGCUCAGAGGAUUUGCCUCUCUGUCAGUAAAAGAAGGACAUCAGUUUUGGACUACAGAAUGCUAAAGAUAAUCCACAGUACGAGCCUCCGCCGUCGAACUUUAUGGGACUCAAGUGAACAUGGAAUUUGGGGCAAAAUUCAACGGAACAAAUGGAUUACAGCAGGUUUGCAUGAUGCCAUUUGUCAUUUCGGACAAAUUUGACGGGCUUCAUCGGCUCCCAUAGGAAGCUCUCCCAGUGACUCUUUCUCUGUAAUACUCCUUUACUUUAUAAGAAGACUAUGUACAAGGAGGCUUUAGGUGAGUUGCCCUCUGGAAGAGCUUUGUUCAACCCAUCCAAUCCAUAGGAAGGAACAACAACUUUAACAAAAAAACAAAAAGAAAAAAAAAAAUCGAACUGUCCAUGUGCUGUGCAAUAGCCUACUCGUUUUCGGACGUGUCAAACUCUGUUGUGUAGAUGUGUGGUUUUGUCAGAGAUUUUUGCUCUGCUCUAUGGUGGGUCUGACCCUGUCAAAAUGAAUGCUCAUAAGAGAUAGACAAGUUCAAAAAUCAUGACAGCAGAACAUUUCUCUCGUGUUUGACCACAUUAAAGUUGUAUUCAACAAAUCCAGUAUAUUCUAGAACAUCUGAGAUUCUGUUUUAAGUGUGCUUUGAGCAUAUGACUCCUGCAGUGAGCUUAGAAACAUCUAAAUUGUGCUAACCUAUUACCACAAAGUCACAAUGGCACUAGCCUAACCAGGGUGCUUUUGUUGGAAAUGCUUAUUUCCGCAAGUAAAAGCAAUGUCUUUCAGAAAGAAAUUACAGGAAGUUAUUUUAGUGCCAUUAUUAAUAGCGGCUGACAGUAACAGGGAUUGCAUCAGUUGCGAUGCAGAACAGCAAAAGCUAUAAUGAGUAUUCGAGGCCUGAGCUACACAUGCUAAGUGCACUAUAAUUUACACCAUGUCACACAGCUAAGUCGCCACUUAAAACCGACUCAAGUGAUUUUGGCGUUAACUCUGUAGGUGUUGAUUCAACAUUUUCAGAGCUCUGUGCUUUGGGGUCAAUGUUUGAUAAAGUCUCAUUUAAAGAUAAACAACAACGACAACGACAACAGACAAAACGACUCAACGCUUGACCCCCUUAUUUGAACACUGGCAGACCAAACACUCGAAUGACUAAGUAAAUAAGACGCAUUUCCAGUUUGACUGGGUCUUUGGUCCUUGUGUGCCGUGAGAACACCUUUGAAUAAGCAUUGUUGAGCUUGUCGCAGACCUGAGGAGAUAACCAUUGUACUUCAUUGUACACGUUUAACUUCCUGUUCUUUUAAUCAUCGCAGCAACUACUGACCUUAGAGCUGUUUUCUGCAGUGACGAACAGAAGCUGCUCAGGCUGCAUGAACCCCAAAUGCUGCAUGACAGUUAGACAGUCUCUCACUCCCACUGGGAAAACCUGGAGUUUAUCCCCGGAGAGCAACUGUCACAGAUACUGAUAGGUCAAAUCACUUGGAGUGUGUGUGUGAAUGUGUGCGUCUUUGCACACCUCUGUAACUGUGUAGAUACACGGAGGGAUCCGCUCACUGCCUUUAAACAAGGAAUUUUUAAGCUCUUCACAUUAAUUUUUGAUUUUUGCUAGGAUUUUCAACGGCCAAAUUGUGUUGUGGCUUCUCAAUGAAUAAAAUGGCUCUUGCUGUGCGAAACAUUAGACAGCGGUGCAGAGAAUCUGAUGGAAAACAAAUAACAUGUCUUAUACACUGGGCGUAAAAAUUGUCAUAGGGCGGAAAGCAAGAAAGAGAAACAAUGUAUGAGGGGGGAAAUGGUCCAGUGUUAUAAUCCUGCAAUUGUAGCUGUUUGUUAUUUGACAGCAAUAUAUUUUACUCAUGUGUGGGAUUCAGUCAUUUUUUUUGUUUAUCUGGAACUUAUUUGGACAGUUUCUUACGUCAGGCUGUGUUAAAUGAAGUCUGAAUGAAUCUCUAGCUCAAUCAUGUUUAACCAGUCAGUUUUUAUUUUAUUUUGAACUACUGUUAUAUCAUUCCAACCAUAAUCUCUAAUUGGUAAAGCUAAUUUAAAUUACAUUCCACACAACCCUGCAGUUUUGUUAUCAACAAUACAAAUUUGUUCUGCUUUCCCACUUUCACACUCUUAAAGCAUAAUUGAGAAUAGUUAUUUGUUCUAUACAUAUACAUGUUGAUUUUUAUUUUUAUGAUGAUGUCUAAUGCAGCACAGUGAUGGACAAAUAAUGUGAACAAUCACCUUUUUUGUACUUAAAACAGAUACUUUACACACCGUCCUUGUUUUCUUCAGGCUUUUGUCCACUUUAUGACCAUGCCCAAAUGGAAUCAUGUCAUGUCUUGCUUUGAUUUUUGAAGGAAAAAAAUCUGUUUAGUGGAUUUGAACAUGGUAAAAUGGGUUAAAUAGAGCUUAAUCGGUUGCUGAAAGCGCUAUCAAAUUAGCCAUAUAUUUAAUAAACGAACAAACAAGGGGUGGUGGGCGUGUAUGGCUUUUUAAAUAAUGGGCGUUCCAUUUCUGUGAAAAUCUAUGGCGCUUUCUGCCGGCACAGAUUCCGUGUGGGCCUGCUCAUGACUGAUGUUCAAUUUCAUCCUACUGUAAGCUCUAUUUCAUUUGUGCUGAAUCGUGUAUUUGAUUACAUGGAAAUCAAUCAAAUCCAAUGUGACUUAAGAAUCAGUUCUUUGUCUGACACAUGGACUCAUUUUGGAGCAAAGCCACCCGCUGCAUUUGUCCAGGUAUUAGGAGUUAUGAACGAACAUGUCAUCAUGUUGUAAUGUCACCGUGCAUAAUGAGGCUCACCGUGCAUCUCUGCACAUGAUAGAAGUAGAGAGUAAACAGCAUUAUUCUACCCCUCAGAAAAGAUUAAAAAACGAAAUUAGUAAUUUAUUUUGUGAAGCGGUGGCUGAGUGGCUCUGAAAUGAACCGAUAGCGCUUUAGCGGUUUGUGGGUGUCUGCCUUCAUAUGAUCUCGAUAUUAAAACCAGAACAGCCACCAUUUAAAUAGAUAAUUACAGGAAGUACAACUUUGUAGCCUAAGUGUUGGUUAUAUUUAUAUUGAAACGCUUGUGAUGCCUUGUUUUCUUUGUACAGUUUUAUGUACAUGCUAAUAACGUGGCUUUUUAAAAAAAGAGAGAACAAAAAAAGAACAUGUUGAAAGACAAACUGAAAUUGUAAAAUAUUUUUAACAGUAGAAUAUGUUAGGAUGAGAGUGGUUGGGGGCACAAAGUUGGAGUGCCUGUGUUUAAAAUGUCAGCAGUAACCAUUCACUGGCUUCUAGUCUAUUUUCCAGUUUUACUGUCUCUUUUUAUGAGUAUUAUUUUUUCCUGAGUUAAUGUUAUUUGCAAAACAGUGGCUUUGAAGAGUUUUAGCAUUUAUUUGUUCCAUUAUGUUCUUAUCAAUAUCCGCAUGUUAAACACGAUGAGGAAGAAAAAAAGAAAAAAAAGUUGUCUUUUAUUUUUGCUGCGCAAAUCAAAGAAAUACUAUCUUGUAAGUACUCCUUCCUUAUAGCUUUACAAUAAAAUACAUUCUGUAAAA